GGUUUUCGCAUUUCAUCGGACAACUCGAAGAAAGUUCUAUAUUCUGACAGCAAGAUGCUUUUCAUCCUCGACUACGGCGCAGGAAAUGUUGCCAGUCUCUCCAACUCAAUCAAAGCGCUAGGAUAUUCUUUUCGCUGGAUAGAGACACCGGAAGAUUUCGACGUGGCCACUAGCCUCAUCUUUCCAGGUGUGGGUGCUUUUGAAUCUGCCAUCCUGCAUCUAUCCAGACGUGGCCUUCUUGAACCUCUUCGCCAAUAUAUACUUUCUGGGCGGCCAUACUUUGGCAUCUGCAUUGGAAUGCAAAUCCUCUUCGAGUCUUCUGAAGAAGCGACAUCUGCUGGCCUUGGAAUGAUAUCUUGUCCAAUUCGGCGGUUCAGAGACGAUGACAAAACAGUGCCUCACAUUGGCUGGAACACGGCUGAUUCGUUCGACGAAUCGCCAGCCGCGUACUACUAUUUCGUUCACUCAUACUGCGCACCAUAUGACCCAGAAAAGUCACCCAAUGCCGCGGAGUGGGCACACACCACGACUCUAUAUGGACAAGAAAUAUUCAUCUCAUCAGUCAAAAAGGACAAUGUAUUUGGAACCCAGUUCCAUCCUGAGAAAUCUGGCAAGUCAGGUCUCGCCUUACUCAAUGCAUGGCUAGGUGGUAAGCACGUUGGACAGCUCCCUUCUCCUGUUCAUCGGCGGCGCAAUGGACGAGGCCUGACCAAACGAAUUGUUGCCUGCAUGGAUGUGCGAGCAAAUGACCAGGGCGACUUGGUUGUCACCAAAGGUGAUCAAUACGAUGUCCGAGAGAAGGUCGAUCCCCUCGCCACAACAAGCGCUGGAGCAGUCAGGAAUCUUGGGAAGCCUGUUGCAUUAGCUGCCAAAUACUACGAUGCUGGGGCCGACGAGCUAUGUCUGCUCAACAUCACUUCCUUUCGGCAUUCGCCAUUGCAAGAUCAACCGAUGCUCGCAGUCGUUAAAGCGGCAGCUGAAAGGCUCUUCAUUCCCCUCACAAUUGGUGGGGGCAUCAAAGACACGGUCGAUCCUGAUGGUACCCCUCGGAGCGCAUUGGAAGUUGCUUCUGCUUAUUUCAGAGCCGGGGCGGACAAAGUGAGCAUCGGGUCAGAAGCUGUCUAUGCGGUAGAACGCUGGCAAGAUAACAACCGCAUUUGUGAUGGGACAAGUGCAAUCGAGACAAUAGCGCAUGCAUAUGGUCGACAAGCCGUGGUUGUUUCCAUUGAUCCACGUCGCAAGUUGCUUGAAACAGAAGACAAGGUUGACGGGAAUGAGGUAUUCCCAGACGACGAUGGCAAUCUCUGGUGGUACCAAUGUACCGUUUCUGGUGGGCGUGAAGCACGACCCUUGUCUGUUGUCCAGCUUGCGCGCGGAGCUGAAGCCCUAGGUGCAGGGGAACUUUUGGUCAAUAGUAUUGAUCGCGAUGGGACUGGGCUUGGCUUUGAUCUUGAACUACUUUCGCUGGUGAAAAGGAGCGUGCGGAUCCCUGUUGUUGCGAGUAGCGGUGCGGGGAAUGCUGUCCACUUUGUCGAGGCGUUCCAGAAGACCAAUGUUGAAGCCGCGCUUGCGGCAGGGAUUUUUCAUCGUGAAGAGGUCGGAAUUCAAGAGGUCAAAGACGCAUUACAUAACGCAGACAUUCAUGUUCGAGACUAG